AUGGGUUUUAGGAGACUUUUCUGCUGUUUCGGGACCAUCGAAUACGAAUCGCCGUAUAGAAGGGAAUACCCUCGUGCUGAUACUCCAGAAAAGCCAGUCUACGAGCGACCAAGCCCACCAGCGUACAGUGUUGAAACACCAAUUCGUCAAGUCUUUCGCGUGGAAGAUGUCCGUCCACCACCAGCGACCACGCGUGUACCUUCCUCUAGCAGUCUUGCUCUGCAGAAGGUGAACACCACCAUCACCACCACCUCUGCUUCUCCUCCGUCACCUCCAACUCGAGCCUACACGCCUCCUGUCCCCCAGCGGGUACUCAGCACCACGAAGCCUAGUCCACCCAAACAUCCUUCAACGUCUGCUCUUACUCCUGCUCCCGCUCCCGCCUUCCCUCUUACAACCUGGUCUACCACCACCACCGCUGCCGUUGCCGAAGCACCUCGAACAGAAGAAUGCCCCCUAUGCAGCGCGCCCAACCUCCUCCGCACAGUGCAAUACAAAUCCCAAAGCAUCAACACGGGCCGGCCCUGGCGCUGCUGCUCCAACAAAGCAUGCGAGCGGUCCAACGGGUUCAACGGCUUUGCAGAUGCCCGUGGUCUUGUCAACUCCGACGGGGGAAAGAACAGGUUCUGCAAGUGUGCGGCGCCGGUCAGGCUGGUUGCGAAGAACGAGGUGGACGCCAUGGGGCGCAGACAGGCGUUUUAUUCUUGCCAGUUCAAGGCUUGUUCGGCUUGGUUUUGGCAUGAGGAUUGGGAGGGGGAGAGGACGGUGUUUAGUCGUGGGGAGAUUGAGGGGAUGGUGAGGAGAGGGGAGAUUUAG